AUGGCUUUUCAUCAGAAGAAUCCACAGCGCUCACCCAACCAGCCCCUUCAGAGCCGCAGCGAGACCCCAGGCCUGGAGGCUGCACACGCACCAGAGGCUGUAGAGAGGGCCUGUCUCUCCCCCCACCCUCCCAUGUUUGGCAGCUUGAAUGAGGCUCCUGCUGCUGGUAUCCCCGGUAGUCCUGAGAGUCCUCAGAGUUUCUUCUCCUCCUCAGUUGUCACCACAGACGCCUCAUCAAGCAAAUCUGGUGAGGAGUCCAGUAGCCAGGAGGAGGUGGGUAGCACCUCACGGGAAGUGACCCUAGAGGCUCUGGAUGAAAGGGUGUCUUCUUUGGUGGAUUUCCUGCUGGUCAAGUAUCGGGAGAAAGAGCCAAUAACCAAGGCAGAAAUGCUGACAAUCGUCAGUGAAGAGUAUCAAGACCACUUCGCUGACAUCUUGCUGCAAGCCUCUGAGCGCAUGGAGAUGAUCUUUGGCCUUGAUGUGAAGGAAGUGGAUCCCAUCCAGCACUGCUAUGCCAUCGUCAUCAAAUUGGGCCUCACCUAUGAUGGGAUGCUGCAUGGUGAAAAGGGCGUGCCCAAGACUGGCAUCCUGAUACUUGUCCUGGGGGCUAUCUUCAUGAAAGGCAACCGUGCCACUGAAGAGGAAGUCUGGAAAAUUCUGAAUGUGGUGAAGUUAUAUCCUGGGAAGAAGCACGACAUCUUUGGAGAUCCCGGGUGUCUCAUCACCAAACACUUCGUGGAGGAGGAAUACCUGAAGUACCAGCAGGUGGCCAACAGUGAUCCUGCACAAUUUGAAUUCCUGUGGGGCCCCAGGACCCACGCUGAAACCACCAAGAUGCAAGUCUUAAAGUAUCUGGCCAAGAUUUAUGGGUCUGACCCAAGUUCUUUCACAUCUCAGUAUAAGGAGGCGUUUGAGGAAGAACAAGAGAGAUCUCAGGGCAGAGUUGCCACAGCGGCUAUCGAUUACCAUGGUCUCUCCUAG